AUGGUCAGCAGUGCUUUACAGAUUGCUGGGCUGCUUAUUGGUGGCCUUGGCAUGAUUGGGACAUUUGCUGUCACAGGCAUGCCUCAGUGGAGGGUGUCUGCCUUUAUUGAGAGCAAUAUCAUCGUGUUUGAAACCAUUUGGGAAGGCCUCUGGAUGCACUGCAUCAGACAAGCCAACAUCAGGAUGCAGUGCAAGGUCUACGACUCCGUGCUGGCCCUCUCACCGGACCUGCAGGCAUCCAGAGGGCUGAUGUGUGCUGGGUCAGUGCUCUCGUUCCUCGCUUUCGUGGUUGCCAUUAUCGGGAUGAAGUGUACACGGUGCACACAGAGCAGCUGGCAAGCCAAGGGCUAUAUUAUUCUGACAGCUGGGUUCCUCUUCAGCCUCUCGGGUAUCGUCGAGCUCAUUCCAGUCUGCUGGGUUGCCAACACUAUCAUCAGUGACUUCUACAACCCUGCUAUCAAUGUCGCACAGAAAAGGGAGCUUGGAGAGGCCCUCUACCUGGGCUGGGUGUCUGCCUUCUGCCUUGUUGCUGCUGGAGCCAUAUUCUGUUGCUUUUACUGCUGUUGUGAGAAAAUCAGAAGCUAUGGAUAUUCUGCACCAGCCCAGUAUCCCACUCAGACUCAGCACAGGGAGACUGAAAUCGCAUACUCCAAAAGUCAGUAUGUCUAG